AUGCUCGACGCGCCCACACACGUCGCCCUCACGCCGACGCGCCCCCGCCAGCCGUCGGUGCCCAGCGCGCCCGCCAGCCAGCCGCCCGCCGACCCCGCCUUCUCACUGCUGCUGUCGCUGCCCCGCGAGCUGCGCGACCGCGUCUACGGCUUCGCCCUGUCCUCGCCCUACCCGUUCUGGUGGCCGCACCAUGCGCCCAUGGAGCACCGCGUCGCCGUGGCCCUGCUGCGCGCGAGCAAGCAGCUGCACGCCGAGGCCGCCCCCGUGCUGUACACAGCCAACAAGUUCCUGUUCACCCACCCGAGCGACUGCAACGUCUUCCGCGUCGUCGCCUCGCCGCACGCCAAGGCCAUGCACAGCGUCUACCUGCGCGUGCGCGAGAAGGACCUGCGCCUGUGGACCGCCUACCUGGGCAGCAAGAGCCCCGACCGCAGCCUGCGCGCCGACCUGCCCGCCCUGAAGCACCUGUGCAUCUUCAUGCGCUGCGGCAACCCGGGCACCCCGCGCCUGCUGUCGACCCUGGGUGUCGUGCCGGCGGCCAACGCCAUCGUCGCCCUGCCCGCCCUGCCGCCCGCCAUGGCCAUGCACGUCCAGGCCGUGCAGAACGCCCUCGGCCAGCAAGUCCAAGCCCUGCAGCAGCAGGUCCAGCACCUGACCCACCCUGCCGCCGCCGCCGGGCCGCCCGUCAUCGUGCCCGCCGCCGCCCACGCAGGCCAGCACCACCCCGCGCCGCCCGCUGCCGCCGACGCCGACCCCCAGCACCACGUCCCGCCCCCUCCACCACCGCCCCCCGCCAUCCCCUUCGCCGCCUUCGCCGCCGCCGUUCCCCACCACCACCCGCAGCCCCCCGCCCCUGCCCCGCACCCCGCCCAGCCAAACCACCACAUCCUCGCCACCUUCCUCCGCUUCGAGCGCGAACUCGGCAUCGAGUCGCUGUGCCUCAGCCUGCGCGAGACCCUGCAAGACGCCCCCGCGCACCACACCCCCACGCACCCCGCCGCCGCCGGCGGGCACCGCGAACGGCGCCGCGAGGACCGCGAGCGAGAACACGAGCGCGAUUCUAAGCCGAGGCGAGAACCACCCGACGUCAAGAUCGUGUGCAUCAUGCGCAUCCCCAAGCACGAGGUUAGUCGCCUCGUGCGCAUGUACCCGGACGAGCUGAGCGUGGACCGCAACGGGGAUGCGCGGACGCGCUUCCGCAGGCUGCAUGGCGCGGAGAUCUGUGUCGAGAUUAGCGGGUUCGAUGGCGUUCAGGGGUGAAUCGACGACGGGUGAGGGGGCAAGGGAGGGGCGGCGUUGGAUAGUGAUACCCACAUAUGAGAAUGAUGUAAUGAGCGCGCGUGCGUUUGCACGAGCACUGUG